CUCACGCCUCCUGUCUGUCUCCAGGUGCAGACAGAGAGAUCCAGUCAGUGAGACAGGUGAUGGUGAACAUCCUACAGAACCACACCAAGCGGGAGUGGCCCGAUCACUGUCCUCCACUGGACCCGUACAGCUCUGCAGAGCUGCUGCCUCUGCUGGGUCAGAGGUCGGACCACUACACCGCCAUCAUCAUCGAGGACCCGGACUCCUACGUAGGACGAGAGGUGAUCCUGGACCUGCAGCAGUACUCGGGUGUGGAGGUAAAGCGAGCUCUGAGCUCUGACCGCCCCCUGCUGGACGCUCUGAAGAUCACAACCUUCCCCUCCGUCUACCUGCUGCACCCGAACGCAUCGCACUCGCACCUGCACGUGUGAGUAGACGCACACACAGAUAAAACCCAGAG